AUGGGCAAGGUGCUUAGUCUUGUGAACUUCGACGUCAAGGGUGCUUAUAACGGAGUGUUCAGGAUAGGCUUCUACAACGGCUCGCAGCGAGGGUUUGCCCGCGAGCUGGUCAGGUGGGUAGACGCAUUCUGCUCUGAGCGGACGGCCAGCAUCACGGUCAAUGGACACUGUACCGCACAGCAAGAGCUCCCACAAGCAGGUCUUCCCCAGGGAUCGCCGCUUUCGCCGAUUCUCUUUCUUUUCUUCAACGCAGACCUAGUCACAGGCUCGACUGCAGAGUCGAACCGGGACGGAAUCCAGUCCAUCAUCGACCGUGCCCUAGAGUGGGAAAAGCGGAGCGGGGCGACGUUCGAGGGCGACAAGACGACCAUCAUUCACUUUACACGAAUGGCCGAGCGCUCUAGCUCAAGUCCAUUUGUUAUCAAAGGAAGAACGAUCUGGCCACAGGAAAACGCCAAGGUGCUGGGGUGGUCAUGGAUGCAAAACUACGAUAUAAGGAGCAUAUGGCACGAGCGGCAUCGAAGGGACUGGAAACCGCGAUGCAGCUGA